UGCAAUCCAGUACAUGUCUACUCAAGUAAGCUCCAUUGGGUUCAAUGAGAUUUACUCCCAGAUCACCAAGGAAAUAAACUAAACCAGAAACAAUACUUUUACCUGUCAGGAUAGCUUUAUCUUAGAAGAAAAAGAAUAACAAAGUGGUUGGCAAUUAGAAGGAUGGAUAUAACCACCUUCACAACUUUGACACAGAACUAUUAAAGUUUCUCCUUUAUAACUGAUGGGGUACUUUCUAAGCUAAAAGUGUGGAACAAGUUGAAUUGUUUUCUCCUUCAAUCUGGCUGCUCCAGAACCCCGAUCAUUCUUCCUGAAAAACUACAGCAGCAGAGUAUAAACCACCUCUCUUAUGGAAGAAUAAAAACCUUGAGAAAACUAACUCAAGAACCCCGGCACUGUCACUGAGCCAAUAAGUCAUCUUAGAGCUUUUAAAGGCAUUCAGCUUGGGCAUGGUCCUCUCAGGAGAUGGCUCCAAGGCCUGAAGUAGAAGACACAGACACCAGUAAACGUAUUGAAGAGACUUGCUCCAAAGAAAAUCAGGUCAUGUCUGAGAAAGAGGUGAAAAAUCCAAACGAAGAAGCAGCUUCCUUAGGAAAUCAGCUGGAACUUUUGCCUGCAUAUUCUACCAUUGCGUUAGCAACAGAACCAGAGGAAGAAGCUGACCCAUGGAGUUUGCCAGAGCUCCAGAGCACUGGAGUAAAAUGGUCAGAACUGGAUCAGAAAGGCAAAAUAGUCCGUGUGCUAACAGGCAUAGGAAAGUUUAUUAUCUUGCUUGGAUUGCUCUACUUUUUUGUCUGCUCUUUGGAUGUGCUCAGCUCAGCCUUCCAGUUAGUAGGAGGUAAAGCAGCAGGGGACAUUUUCAAAGAAGGUUCCGUAUUAUCAAAUCCUCUUGCAGGCUUAGUGAUUGGCGUUCUGGUGACAGUAAUGGUGCAGAGCUCUAGCACUUCUUCAUCUAUCAUAGUCAGCAUGGUGUCCUCUUCAUUAUUGAGUGUUCGGCACGGGAUUCCAAUUAUAAUGGGAGCAAAUAUUGGUACUUCUGUCACAAACACCAUUGUGGCGCUCAUGCAGGCUGGAGACAGGAACCAAUUUAGAAGGGCCUUUGCUGGAGCUACAGUCCACGAUUUCUUUAAUUGGCUUUCAGUAUUCGUGUUGUUGCCUAUUGAAGUUGUCACGGGCUAUCUGUAUCACCUUACCAAUGUUAUUAUGGAUUCAUUUCAGCUUGAAAGUGGGGAAAAUGCCCCUGAACUACUGAAAGUCAUCACUGAUCCUUUUACAAAACUUAUAAUCCAGCUAGAUAAAUCGGUGAUAAAUGCAAUUGCUACAGGCGAUGAAUCAGCAAAAAAUGAAAGCCUAGUGAAAAUUUGGUGUAAAACUAAAACUGAACUGACUGCACUGAAUGUCACCAUCCCACCAUCAGAAAACUGUACAUCACCAGACCUUUGUUGGACAGAUGGAAACUUGACCUGGACCAUCAAAAAUGUAUCCACCACAGAAAAUAUUAAAAAAUGUCAACACAUUUUUGUAGGAUCAAAUCUCCCAGAUCUUGCCAUUGGUCUCAUCCUUCUUGCCCUUUCCCUACUUUUUCUGUGCAUGUGCUUGAUACUAAUAGUUAAGUUACUGAAUUCAGUACUUCAAGGACAAGUAGCAAAUGUUAUCAAGAAGACACUCAACACUGAUUUUCCAUUUCCAUUUUCCUGGCUGACAGGAUACCUGGCUAUGGUGGUGGGAGCUGUCAUGACUUUCAUCGUUCAGAGCAGUUCAGUGUUCACAUCUGCUAUUACUCCACUUGUGGGAAUUGGUGUCAUAAGCAUUGAACGGGCAUAUCCCCUAACUCUGGGAUCCAACAUUGGUACCACCACAACAGCAAUUCUUGCUGCUUUAGCCAGUCCAGGAAGUAAACUAAAGCAUUCCUUACAGAUUGCUCUGUGCCACUUCUUUUUUAAUAUUUCUGGGAUUCUCCUGUGGUACCCAAUCCCGUUCACGCGCGUCCCAAUCCGCUUGGCCAAGAUUUUGGGGAACAUUACAGCCAAGUAUAGAUGGUUUGCCAUUUUUUACCUUCUCCUCUGCUUCCUGCUGAUACCUUUGGCUGUUUUUGGCCUGUCAGUAGCCGGCUGGCAGUACCUCGUAGGCAUUGCCGUUCCCAUCAUAGCUGCCUUGAUUGCUGUGGUCAUCAUCAACAUUCUUCAAAAAAAGCGGCCACACUGGCUGCCUCAGAAGCUGAGAAACUGGGACUUCCUUCCUAGGUGGAUGCACUCCUUGCAGCCCUGGGAUGCUGCUAUAACAUCGUUAACCUUUGCCUGCGGAAAAUACUGUUGCUUCUGUUGCAAAUGUUGCAAAAGCCAGGGAGUUGAACAAAUGGCAAAAGUGAAGCCAGCAAAAGCUUUGGAAGUUCACGAAAACCCAGUUUCGCUGGCUGAUGAAGAAAAUGACAUUUCAAAGGCACAACAGGCAACUAAAAUGAAGCAAGCAGACUUGAUUACCACACCCUUGUAGCAGACGAGCUUCAGGAGUUGAGGUCUCGAGGACAAAAAGUUGAGGGCAAAAUGUAAGGGGAGAGGAAAGAAACAGAGGGGAAAAUGUAUGCCAACUUCUUGCAUCCAGCUAAAAGAGUGCAUACUUCUGGUGGUGGCUAACCAUUUUGGCAACGAGGCAAGAAGACAAGUCCAAACUAUUAGAUGCACAUUAACGGCACAUGCCUUGUGGUGUGUGAUCUUGCCUCUAAUUUGCUGAGCCAAGGAGCAGGCAGCAGUACAGUGCUGGAGUGAAGGUCUGACUUUGUGUCAUAACCAGGGCUAUGGACCUUUCUGCUCCUGUCCAGUACUGCUACAAACCUGAACUGUGUCUAUCACAUGUGGUUGGCCAUCCGUGUACUACUCAGUUUUUCAUCAGUGGACCCAAAAAUCGGGUACCCAGGAACUUAAGGCGACAUUUGUAUAGAAGGGAUUUACUAUAGGGUUGUAAAAAGAACUUUGAAAUAGUAGCACCUCUAUUCUGAUUGUUUCAAAAGUUAAGACACAUAGCAUUGUACCAGAAUCUAAAAGGGUAACACAUCAGAAGUUAACAAAAAAUUUUUUUUAUAAUAUUGAAAGACAAUGGAUAGGCAGGGAAAGGGAUUUAUAUUUUUUAGCAUUGUACUUCUUGUAAUGUAUGUCUUUUAGCUAGAAGACAUCAUGCAAAUAUUAACUUUGUAGAGCACUUGUCUUUCCUGGUCCUAAAUUGCUUGAGGGCUAAGAUUAGAAAGAGAGAAUAAUUGCAGGACCUAACUAUUACAGAUCUGGCUUUCUUCAGGUAGGAUCACCUUUUCAGAAAGUAGAGCAAAUAAAGUUUAGUGGGGGGAGAUUCACAUUAAAGCUCAAGGUUCUGCUCUUGGCAAGAUUAAACUGUCAAAAAGGAGUUGGAUUUAAAACCAUUUGUUGUGAUACUUUUUUUAUAACUCAUCAUAACCUUGCCUACAAAACUGAUCUAAUACAUUCCUACAGGGUUUUUGAAAGAAGCUUAUAAUAACCAAACCCUUGAAGUUAUUUUUGGGCAGGGAGUAAAGUGUUACAACUUUAUUGUUGCAUUAUCAGCUCAAAAUUGAAAACCAAAUCAUCAAUUGAUGUAUCUUAAGCACAUCAUAUACUUAUCUGUUAAAAAAUAUGAUCGGAAUGUUAAUUGUCAAUGAAGACAGAUUGGGAAAUUAUACAUAUUUUUAUUAUACGUCUGGCAUUGUAUAAGCUUUAACCUCAGGGGAUGUACCAGUAUAAAUGUAACAUUUAUAACUGCAUGAUCUAGUCAAAGUGAAUGACUCGUCUUGUCCUUUGUUUUUCCCAUGGGAAAUACUUGAAUUUUGUUCAGCUAUGGCUGGAUCAUGUUCCAUGUUUUAAAAAUAUCAGUACAAAAGAAAGUUACUCAGACUUGCUAACUCAUGUUUCUAUAUAAUUAUUUUAAAAUCAGGUAAGUCAGGACCAGCCAGAAUUAAGCACCUUUAAGUCCCAUUGUUUAUGCUUGAAUAGCUGCCACUGAAAUAAGUGAGAUUUAAAAGUGCUUAAAUUUGUCUAAAUCAUACAUGUGCUCUUUUUUUCUUCACUAAAUUUUACAAUGAAAGGGACAAAUCAGUCAUGCAGCUCAAUCCUGUGCAUGUUUACUCAGAAGUAACUCCCAGCAUGUUCAGUGGAGUUUAAUCCUAAGUAAAUUUUAGCUGAAAAACAGUAUUAAUUGUUCAUUUUAUUUUUUUGAAAAAAGAGGGAAUUGUAGGUUUUGUCCAGUGUGAAGACCUUUUGACAACCUUACUAGCAAUUUUGCUUGCACAGUCAUUCUGAAAGAAACUGGGCCUCUGUAUUAUAGUUCCGUUAAUAUUUGGGUUUGGAUAGUACUGUGUGACUUAUAUAGCCAAAGCAUUCAUGCAUUUUAUACAUGACCAAAAAAAGGUUUUAUAGAGCAGUUUACACUGGACACAAAGGGCACAAAGCACUUUUAAUCUCACUGAUUUCAAUGGAAGUUUUAGGCUGCAUUCCGAUACACACUUACCUGGAACUAAGCCUCAUUGAACUCAGUGGUGCUUAAUUCUAAAUAGGCAUAAUGUAGAAUUGCACUGUGAAGCAUUUGCUUCUCUCCCACUGAAUUUGGUAGGACUUGACCCAUCAUACCCAUAUCCUUUUUAUGUAAUAUUGUGAACUGCUUGUUUUUGGGUGAAAAAUGUCCUUACGCUUAACCUUUACUAGUAAUUUAUUUAACAUAUUGGUCAAAUAGAAACUUGACAAAUUUAUUUUAAGUGAAAUUUUGUUGCUUUGGAAUAACUCAGAAAAACAGGUAAACACUUUUGUAGCCUCUCUCAUUUCUGGUUUACUUAGGACUUGUCUACACUGGGCUUUAAAGUCCAAACUUUCUGGGCAUCCUUAACAUGACAUGUCCCUCAACUAGAACCCAUCGCCCAGAAUUUGUGUUUGCUGAUUUGUAGAGUGGUAGGAAAAGGAGGAACUUCUUCCUGCUUGAGCUACUUACUGAAGACUGGAAAAGCGACCUACAUAAGAAUAUUAUUUGGCGGGGGAGCAUGGCUUUGGUUUUGAUGAAGGAUGGAGAUUUGUUUGUUGGUGCACCUUAAACCUUGCCAGCCUGCUGCAGGUCAGAAUGCUCACAUGAAGCAGGGGUUUGAGACUUAAGGGCUUAAAGGAGCAAUGCUGAAUGCACUGUUUGGAGCCAACUUGUUUUGGGAAAUUUUGGAUUUCACACAGAUUGAACUUGGGAUCAUGCCCUUUUGUGGACCUGCCUGUUAUCAGACUACAUUAUUUUAACCUUAUCUACCUCCUUCUCUUCAGCUUUAUGCACCUUUAGAGGAUAGGACAUAUCCAUAAAAGCUUGUGAAAUUCAUGUUUUCUGUCCCCGUAUUGACUUUUUAGAAAAGCAUCCGAUGCUCUGAAGUUAGGAUACAGAGAACUGGGCAAGGGUCCCAUCUUAAAACAGGGAUAGCUGGGCAAAGUUAUGAUUACAAAAGAAGAGUAUUACUAAUGUUUUAUUUUUCUUUAUGAGCACUAUAUUGUUCCAACUCAGAGCUCCUUCAUUUGAGAGUUGAAUGGGAGCCAUGAUCCGUAUAUUUCACUCUUGUGUAUUUUGUUGGACUUAUAAGUGCAGUUUGUACAAUCAGCUGAACAAAGUGGUAACGCUUUUCCUGAACUGGAACAUUUCAGGUUGGGUGGAUGAUUGUACAUUCUUUCUUAUGAAAAAAAUACCUCUCUGCACAUAGAAACAUUGUAUGCUAGAGAGAAAGCUAGUUUACGGGCCAAAUUAGAUGUGAUAGCAGCAUGUUUAUGUUCACCGCCCAGAGAGCUAUCGCUAGUCGGGCGGUAUAUAAAUUUAAUAAAUAAUAAUAAUAAAUAAAUGUUUGCUAUCCAGAUCUGUUGCACCCCAGUUCUUUUGCAAUGAAAGACAGUGGGCUAGAUGGGUCCAAUGUUAGGAGCAAAAAGAGCAUGCAAAUGAGUUACCUGUGGCAUACCUCACACGGUAUGUCCCUGGUAUCAGUUUUGCAUCCACUUGGUCCACUUCCUGUAUUAGAGCCCAUUUGGGAGGAAAGCAUGGGGAUGGGGGGAGGCUGCCAGAAAAAUAAAAAUAUGGGUGGAGAGAUUUCAGUACACCUAAACAGUACAUUCUCUUUUCUUCCUAAAUCUACAUGAUUGCUAUAGAUCCAGGUUUAAGCAAACAGAUCCUGCAUCUAUUUUGGCCCUAAAGGUUUCCCCCUGAACUACUAGUUUUAUAUAUUGAUCUGUGUGGGAGACCUUACAAACAUUCAAUCCUCCAGCUACACUCUGAGGUGAUGCAGUUCAGGAAAGGCUUUCCCACUUGGUUCUACUAUUUUUGAAAAGAAUUACACAAUUUACAUUUACACAAUGAGAUUCAAUUUUGGCUGAACAGUAAGGGUUCAUCUACAUAGUGAUUUAGUGCGUGUCUGAUGCUACUCAUAUCCCCUUUUAAUUCUCAUGGUUCACAUGAUGUUACUGGCAAACAGAAGCUAUCACACAGUUCCCCCCCUGUAAAUCCAUACUAACCCAACCCUCUGAUAAUCCAAAAAGGAAAGGAAAAAAGUAUUUACUGUCUCUCUAGGGCUUGCAGACGCUGUGGUCCGAUGCUUUUAGGUGGGCAUGUCAAUCAUUUCCCUCUCCACGCCUCCUCCUCCCUUCUUUCAUUUCAUUUUCUGUGGGCUAAAGAGAAAAUACCACUGCUCUCUCCUGUUCUGCAAGGAUUUUUUAUGUUGCUGCAAACAGUGCCUUAUUUUUCUUUCCCCCUAACUUGUGCACAAAAGGAUAUCACUACUCAAAUAAAGAUUUGUAUUUCAACUGUAUUGUACCAGUGAAAAUACAAAUAAUUGCACUUCUGGGUUGUUUGUUUUUAAAAUGAAACUUACUGGUAGAACAAACUGAGCAUGCUCUGUUGCCAGGUAACAGAGGGAGUGGAAAUGUUAAAUUAGAGGGUGUGGUCUUGAGGAAACUGCGUGAUUGAUCCUUCCUGUCCAGUGUGAAUAGAAAACACUGUGUUUGCAGUUGGCAUUGAGCCCUUACUGUGGACAGUGCAAACAGAAAACAGAGAUAAAAACAGCAUCUUUAGCAUGAAGUUGUGCUCCCAUGUGGAUAUGCCCCUAGUCAUGGCCUGAUUUAGAACUGAUUUGUGAACAGAGGUGGCUCAUUCCUCUUAUUGAAUAAGAGGAAAGCCCUUUGUAUAUGUGUGUGCUGACUAUCACCCUGGUCCAGCAAAGGGCACUGCUUGUGAAGUAGGUUUCCACACGUAUGUCCUCUGCUGGAUUGGGGCCUUGUGUGUGCAAAUAGUUCCUGCAUUUAUGGCCCCCUUCUGGGACUGUACGCAUGGAGUCCAUUUGAAAAGUUAAAAUUAUGUGGACCAGCUGUUCAGGAAAGGGAGAGUAGGGAGGUUUGAACCAAUCUCUUUCUUGCCAAACAGCUGACUGGAAAGAUUUUAGCUCUGUGGAUGCUCAGACUAACUCCUCUAGAUCAGGGUGCAUUUUUAGCCCUAUUCAGCCAUUUACCCCUCACACAAUUGGGAAGGAUGGCUAUAUUCACUGUCCGUAUCCGCUCUUUCGCAUCCCAUCAUCCCAACACUGCCAUCAUCCACCCAUUAGAGGAGAACAUGAGCUGAGGAGGCCCUGAUCAUGAUCACGCAGGAGAUCUUCCAUUUUCUUCCCUCUUGAGUGCUGUGUACAUUAAACCUAUUCCUGUCUUGCAGUGUGAGUGAAGUAGUCUCUACAUCAGGUGUGGGGACCUUUGGCCAUCCAGAUGCUGCUGAACUACAACAAACCUGUCCAGGGAUGAUGGGAGCUAUAGCUCAGCACCAUCUGGAGGGCCAAAGAUUCGCCACACCUGCUCUACUUUGUGUGGAAAUCUAAAUGCACUUCACAGUCUUCUGUGGAAACUUUGAAUUGUUAUAUAUUUUCUUUUAACUUUUUAGACUGACUGUAUUUAUAAUUGUUUUUCAUAAGUUAUGUAAGAAAUUUCCUGUGAGAUAUGGUUUUUAUAUUGCACAUUCCAAUAUGUUGCACUGUUCAUUAGAAAUGUUUAAAGAAAGAAUAUUUUGUAAGAUAGCUUUUAAAAUUGUAUUUUUGUGUCUGUAUAUUUUCAGUCACAUACAUAUGCCAUGAUAAACCAGGGUUUCUGGUUUAAUGUACAGAAGCAGUUGCUAGUGCACACUGCCCGAUAUUCCCUUCCUGACAUCCUCCUCCUCCUGAAGUGGGAGAAACAAAGCAGAAAGCCAUAUGCCAUUAAGCUUGGCUUUGCAUUACAUCGCAACCCAGGAUCAGGAUUUGCUGCUCCCUUACAAAUUAGGAUCUGUAAACCAACAAUGAACCAAGUUUAAGACUGGCUAGCAAUCUUGGCUUCUUAGGGAGAAACAAAACACAAUCCUGAUUCUAUUUAAAACAGGAAAUCAAGCUUAAUUGCAACUUCCUGGUUUGUUUCCCCACUCAUGCCAGCGGAGGAAUGAAACAUGAAUGAUUGGGUAGUGUGCACUAUCAUGCUGCUCAUGUGCUAUGUAAACCACAAUGUCAGAAACUCUGGUGUAUGAUGUGUAUGAAUGUGGCCCAAAGUGUGGGUUGUUUUUAAGUUUUGAUGAGAUUUACUGAUAAAGCAAUAUUAAAAUCUUUACAAGUUGAAUCUAUGUGUAAAGCAUUAAAAUAUUUUA